AUGCACAUCUUCAUCUCCGGAGCCACCGGCCGCAACGGCCGCCUCAUCCUCGCCGAGGCCCUCUCCCACAACCACACCGUCACCGUCCUCGCCCGCGAUCCAUCCUCCCUCACACCACACCCGAAUCUCACAAUCAUCCAAGGAACGCCAACCUCCCUCCAAGACGUGCAAACCGCCCUCUCAACACCAUCCCCCCCCUCCGCCAUCCUCACAACCCUCAACCAGCGCCGCGUAUCCGACAACCCCUUCUCGGCACUGCACCCCGACACGCCCCCGGACCUGCUCACCUCCACCGCGCGGGUCCUCCUCUCCGGCAUUGCAAACACAGCCUUUUCCGAGACCCCCAAAAUCAUCAUCAACUCCCUCUUUGGCGCGCGCGAAUCCAUGGACAACAUGGGCUGGCUCUUCCGCUCCGUGCUGACUCACAGCACAAUGAAGAUUGCCAUCAAGGACCACAACAACAUGGACGAGUUGGUUCGUAAAAGCGGGAUUCCGUUUGUCUUUGCGAGGCCGGCGAGGCUGACCGAGGGUCCUGCUGAGGCGGUCCGGGUCUGGCCGGAUGAUGGGCAGGGUGUAGGCUGGAAUGCGGCCAUUAGCAGGGCUAGCUUGGCUGAGUGGAUGGUCAAGGCAGCUGAGGCGAGCGAGUGGGAUGGCAAGUCCCCGGUGCUGACAAAAUAG